AUGCUUCCUUUAAUGUGUGCUGCACCAUAUUUAAAUUACCCCUAACUCAACCUUUAAUAAUUCUAUAUGCUUCCUACGUCAACGUAUGCGUUGCCAAUCCCAGUGAAAGAAACUUGUGAUUAGGCAUGUUAGUUUCCUGAGCCAGUUGAAUAAAAUGCUGUAACUAAUAACAUGGAGAUUAUCGCAGAAUAAGAAUUGAUCUCUCUGCUAAGAUUCCUGUCGAAGAACAUUUCUUUACUCCAAGACUCAGUGUUUGAAGAGUUUGUAUAAGAAAAUUUAAAAACACUCUCCUCAUUUUCGAAAGACAUACCAAACAUGAUCAAAAAGCGCUAUGUUUAGGUUAACAAAACAAAAGAAGAAAUGACGAAGUUUAUUAUAAGAAGAUGUUUCCUUUUCAUUAAAAGUCAAAUUGAAUACGAAGAAAAAGAGGGAAUGUCAGCUGAAGAGAGAGACAGACUCUUUUACCAUUCCUUCUUCUCAGAUGACAAGGAAUUUAUGAAGACUCUCAAUCAGGAAUCAAUAGAUGAUAUGAUACCAUUCAGAAAGGACUCCAAAAUGAAGACUAUGAAUGAAACCUAUCUAAGAAAAUUAUUUGCAUCAGAGAGAUUUUCCUCUUUCUAUGCAAAAUUUCUUUCUUCAUUCAAUGAGAUUUGCAAUCACGAAAACGAUGAAAAAAUUGAGAAUAUGACUAAACAGAUUAUUAAAAUUAUAAUCACCAGAGAUUUUGGAAAAAUUAAAAGUUACAGACGAUUCCCUUGGAAAGACCAUGAAAUCCUUAAAUGUGAACAAAGAGCCAAAGAAAUCUACUCCAAAUAUUCUAACUAUUCAAAAGCCAAUACUAAGAAUAAGUUUCUUUCAAAACUAGAUUCGCAUACACUGGACAUUUUGGAAAAAUUCUCUGAAUCUUCAGAAUGAAAUAUAUAUGAAUAUUAUAUAUAUAUAUUUUAAUUA